GCGGCUGGUGGGAGCUGAGGAGAGCCGAGGCCCGGCCUGCCUGCCUCCCGGGCUGCCUGCCGCCCUACCUCUCCGCCCGCCGGCCAUGGAGCUGGAGGCGCCCGACGAGGCCGGCAGCGCCGCUGGGGCAGAGGCCGGGGCAGGAGCCCUCGACGCCGAGGCAGGAGGAGGAGGAGGGGGCGGCUGGGGGGCGCCGGUGCUGCUGGAGCCUCAGUCGGCCGGAGCAGGGCUGGCGGUGAGCAAGGCUGUCCUAACAGAGGCACCUUCGUUGACAGGGCAGCCAGGAGCCGGCCAGGGGAAGAAGAUCGGCCACCGCGGGGUUGAUGCAUCAGGCGAGACGACCUACAAGAAGACCACGUCCACCACGCUCAAGGGAGCCAUCCAGCUCGGAAUCGGCUACACGGUGGGGAACCUGAGCUCCAAGCCCGAGCGGGAUGUCUUGAUGCAAGAUUUCUACGUAGUGGAGAGCAUUUUCUUCCCCAGCGAAGGCAGCAACCUCACCCCAGCUCACCACUACCCCGACUUCAGGUUCAAGACGUACGCUCCCGUCGCUUUCCGAUACUUCCGAGAGCUGUUCGGCAUCCGCCCGGAUGACUACUUGUAUUCCCUGUGCAACGAGCCCCUGAUCGAGCUGUCCAACCCCGGGGCCAGCGGCUCCCUCUUCUACGUCACCAGCGACGACGAGUUCAUCAUCAAGACGGUCAUGCACAAGGAGGCGGAGUUCCUCCAGAAGCUGCUUCCUGGCUACUACAUGAACUUGAACCAGAAUCCCCGGACGCUGCUGCCCAAAUUCUACGGCCUCUACUGCGUCCAGUCCGGGGGCAAGAACAUCCGGGUGGUGGUGAUGAACAACAUCCUGCCCCGCGUGGUGAAGAUGCACCUGAAGUACGACCUGAAGGGCUCGACCUACAAGCGCCGGGCCUCCAAGAAGGAGAAGGAGAAGUCCAGCCCCACCUACAAGGACUUGGACUUCAUGCAGGACAUGCCCGACGGGAUCUUGCUGGACACGGACACCUUCAGCGCUGUGGUCAAGACACUGCAGAGGGACUGCUUGGUGCUGGAAAGCUUCAAGAUAAUGGACUACAGCUUGCUUCUGGGAGUGCACAACAUGGACCAGCAAGAGCGGGAGCGGCAAGCGGACGGGGCCCAGAGCACCUCCGACGAGAAGCGGCCCAUGGGGCAGAAGGCCCUGUACUCCACCGCUAUGGAGUCCAUCCAAGGCGGGGCAGCCCGCGGGGAGUCCAUCGACACGGACGACACAAUGGGUGGCAUUCCAGCCGUGAACGGCAAAGGCGAACGCCUUCUUCUCCAUGUGGGAAUCAUCGAUAUCCUCCAGUCCUACAGAUUCAUCAAGAAGCUAGAGCACACGUGGAAGGCUCUCGUCCACGACGGGGACACAGUGUCGGUGCACAGGCCCAGCUUCUAUGCAGAGAGGUUCUUCAAAUUCAUGACCAACACGGUCUUCAGGAAGAGUACCACUCUGAGGGUCUCUCCCUCGAAGAAAGGGCGGAGUGCCUUGCUAGCCAUCAAGCCCUCUGGCCCUCUGGCCGCCUUUUCAGCAAGCCAGCUCCCCUCGGAGAAGGAUGAAGCCCAGUACGACCUCCGGGGGGCCAGGAGCUACCCCACCCUAGACGACGAAGGCCGGCCAGACUUGCUCCCUUGCACCCCUCCGUCCUUCGAAGAAGCCACCACCGCCUCCAUCGCCACUACCCUCUCGUCCACCUCUCUUUCCGUCCCCGAGAGGUCUCCUUCCGAGUCGUCGGAACAGCCCAGGUACAGGCGGCGUACGCAGUCCUCCGGACACGACGGGAGGUCUCGCGAACAUCUCCGGGCGGAAGACGACCUCCAGCAAAUCACAGUGGAACUCAAGCCCAAGUGUGAUGUCGAAAUCGUGGUCCCAGACAUGGCUGCCGCAGGGGAGGCGACCUCUCUGGCUUGCGCCACGGUGCUGUCGAAGGCGUCCGCGGAGGUGGAGACAGCCAGCCAGGCCUCCGAGCCCGCCAGCCAAGCUUCGGACGAGGAGGACCUCCCCGUCCCGGAUAUAUAUUUUUUCACAGACGGAAGGUACUGGAUUUACUCCCCCCGCCUGCGCAGGCUCCGAGCGGCCUCUGUUUCCUCUGGGGACCAGCCAACAGACGAAAGGAGCUGGGUUUAUUCGCCGCUCCAUUAUAACACUCAGAUUCACUCUGUCUCCGACGAGGAGAGCGAUACAUAACUUCUAUGCAAAGCCCCCCAACCCCAAGAAACAAAUCGUCCUUCUUGCCACCAGUCGCGGAGUCCCCUCUCGCCCGGCCCUGCUGCC